AUGGAGCCCCCGCCCCCCGGAGCUGCCAACACCGCCGCUGCUCUACGCACAGCGAUGGACCCUUCUGUGACGCUGUGGCAGUUUCUGCUGCAGCUGCUGAGAGAGCAAGGCAAUGGCCACAUCAUCUCCUGGACCUCACGGGAUGGCGGUGAGUUCAAGCUGGUGGACGCUGAGGAGGUGGCCCGGCUGUGGGGGCUGCGCAAGAAUAAGACCAACAUGAAUUAUGACAAGCUCAGCCGGGCCUUGCGGUACUAUUAUGACAAGAACAUCAUCCGCAAAGUGAGCGGCCAGAAGUUUGUCUACAAGUUUGUGUCUUACCCUGAGGUCGCAGGGUGCUCCACUGAGGACUGCCCGCCUCAGCCUGAGGUGUCUGUCACCUCCACUCUGGCAAAUGCAGGUGCCACAGCUGUACACGCCAUCCCCGGGGACACUGCCUCUGGGAAGCCAGGCACACUCAAGGGUGCAGGAAUGGCAGGCCCAGGCAGCUUGGCGCGCAGCAGCCGAAAUGAUUACAUGCGCUCAGGCCUCUAUUCCACCUUCACCAUCCAGUCCCUGCAGCCACAACCGCCCUCUCAUCCUCGGCCUUCCACAGUGCUCCCCAGCACCGGCCCUGCAGGAGUAGCAGUGCCUCCCUCGGGGAGCAGGAGCACCAGUCCAAACCCCUUGGAGGCCUGCCUGGAGGCUGAGGAGGCUGGCCUGCCUCUGCAGGUCAUCCUGACCCCACCCGAGGCCCCAAACCUUAAAUCCGAAGAGCCAAAUAUGGAGCCUGGGUUGGGCCGGCCACUGCCCCCAGAAGUCAAAGUGGAAGAGCCCAAGGAAGAGUUAGAAGCUGCAGCCAGUGGGGAGGCGGGGUUUGUGCUGGAAGCCGUCAAGGCCGAGCCCUUUGAGCCCAAAGUCGACCCAGAAGUCCCUCCAGCAGAGGGCGUGCCAGCCCGGCUGUCCGCCGUCGUAAUGGAAACUGCGGCGCAGGUGGGCGGCCUCACGGCUUCCACAACACCCAGCACGGAGAUCGCCCAGCCUCAGAAGGGUCGGAAGCCCCGAGACCUGGAGCUUCCACUCAGCCCGAGCCUGCUGGGUGGACCAGGACCCGAACGGACUCCAGGAUCGGGAACUGGUUCGGGUCUACAGGCGCCAGGUCCAGCGCUGACGCCUUCCCUGCUACCUACGCACACAUUGACCCCGGUGCUGCUGACGCCCAGCUCGCUGCCCCCCAGCAUUCACUUCUGGAGCACCCUGAGUCCCAUUGCACCCCGUAGCCCGGCCAAGCUCUCCUUCCAGUUUCCAUCCAGUGGCAGCGCCCAGGUGCACAUCCCUUCCAUCAGCGUGGAUGGCCUCUCAACCCCCGUGGUGCUCUCCCCAGGGCCCCAGAAGCCAUGA